AUCCAGCCUGGGGGAAGAAGCAGAAGUCUGCUUGGUCCAUUUGUUGCCACCUAGGGUGUGAGGAUGUGCUUCUUUGCAGACCCACCUGCUUGUGAUGAUAAGCUCUUAGCAAGUGGUCAAGCUAAGCCGCCUUUAUCCCUCUGUCUCUGACUACUUUGCUUACAUCAGCUUGCUCCAGGAGGUAACCUGGUCCACGGGGUCGCUUCCCUCUAACCCUUGCGUUUUUUCUGGAGGAGACUCUCUCUCAGCAAACACUGCCUGCCGCAUCAGACAGUGCAGGAAACCGAGCCCCUGCCGCUGUGAUGGAUGCGUAGCCAGUUCUUCUCCGCAAAACCAGCUGCCUCCUGCCCCUGCGGCAGCAAGCCAGACUGCCAGGUCCCGCUUCCUUCUCCAGGCAGCGUUAGUCAGGCAGAGACGAUGGCGGCGGCGGGUUUCGUGCACUGCCCCAGCGAGAACGGCCCCGACGUGGCGCAGUGUUUCUUCUGCUUCAAGGAGCUGGAGGGUUGGGAGCCCGACGACGACCCCCUGGAGGAACACCAAAAACACUCUGCGGGCUGUGCGUUUCUUUCCCUUCAGAAAGAUCCUACUCGCCUGACGCUGCAGGAGUUCCUGAAGCUGGACAAAGAACGAAUGAAAAAUGCAAUUAAAAAAGAAAUUUCUCAGAAGGUGACCGAGGUUGAAGAUGCAGCCAAGAGCGUGCGUCGUGAAAUAGAGAAUCUGGUCUCCUAGGCUACUGUAGCUUCUCACUUGCCGGUGACAUCUGUCUUGUAUGUGUGCUUUGGCACUGCCACUUUGACUGAAUGGCUGUGUUUCCCGAGACUGCUUUCAGAAUGCCCGUCUCCGUGAGAAGCAGACCGAAUUCUCCUUCACUCACCUGAGUCUGUCCGGGAAGUAGCUGGGGUUUGAUACACUGCGUACGUAAUCUUUUUCUGCAGGGAUUCUGCUGUUCUUCCUGUUGGUUUAAUUAAGGAUUACUACUUGUGGUUUUAUUUGUUCUUUUUUUUUUAAGCCCAGCUCUUUCCAUUAUGGAGAUGCUGGUAGCUCUGGUGCUAAAACUGGUGUUUCUUGCAAGAGCUGGCAGGCACUUCCAUUUUUAUACUGAAUAUACCAGUGCUUUUGGAUACUUUUGGAAACAAAAAGGGGAAGGAGUUUUAAAACUCCUUCAGGGAUUUAGGACUGUGGCUAAUAAUGUCUAAUUACACCAAAUCUUAAGUGUGCCUGGUAUCCUUGUAAACUUCUAUUUUUAGUUGGCUGCUGCCUCAUGUUGAUGCGUUUAUAAAUAAAAGUUGAAGGCAAAAAAGCAAA